AUUUGGCUAUUUCUGCCAUUUGAUAAUAUUUGUUGGCACUUGGACUCUCUGUUCAUGUUGUCCCCUUAACCUUUAAGCAUGUGUUGGUUUUUUUUGGGUGGUACUAAUGUAAGAGAUUUAAGGAUAAGGAUUGUGAGACUGUUACAGGAUAAUAUUUCUAGCUAUAGUGGCACUAAAAGCACCUGGGUAGGUGUAGAAGACUCAGUCAAAGGCAGAUGUUGAGCUGGAGUGAUAAGGGUUGUUGUAACGUCCUUGCUAAUGAGAUUUGGUGGAACAGGGACAAUGGGAGAGAUUUUAGGAUUAGAUAUGUGAGACAAGAAGAGAUUCAUCAUUCUUAUGUGUCUGUUUGUGGUGUGAGAGAGAUGUUUAUCUCUCUCUGUGUCAAUUAGAAAAAGUUGGGUGAUUCAGACUUUUCUCUAUCUCUGUCUCCGAUGGGAGAUGAAGAGAAGCCACAGCAAGCAAAGCCAAAGUGGGAAGGCAACGUAAGUGCAUGGUUAAAGGGGCCAACAGAAGAAGAAGUAUGGCCACUCUUAGAAGACUUCUUCAACUUCCACAAGAUCUUCCCAAGCCUCGCCACUUGCUACGGUGUCGGAGGCGUCUCUGGACGACCAGGAUGCAUUCGUUACUGUGCAGGCUCCUCCAUCCCAUCCACCGCCGACAACAGCAACGACGGUGAUCACAGGCCCGUCAUUGUCAGUUGGUCGAAGGAGAGGUUAGUGGCCAUCGAUCCAUCGCAACAGAUAAUGAGCUACGAGAUUGUAGACAGCAACAUCGGAUUCAACUCGUACGUGUCGACGAUAAGGGUCCUGCCUGGGAAUGAAGAAUAUGGAUCUGCGAAGAUCGAGUGGUCGUUUGCUGUGGAUCCAGUGGAAGGGUGGAAGCUGGAGGAUCUGAUUUCCAAAUACGAGUUGGGUCUUCAGAGGAUGGCUAAGAGGAUUGAGGAAACUCUUGCACAGAGCCCACACCAGUUUGAAUAAAGCUAAGCAUCAAGAAACUCUCUUGUUUAUGUCCACAUUUUUUAUUAUCCAUUUAUAUUCCUAACUUGUGUAACCAAGAUCUUCCUCCCCGGCAGUUAUGAUUUUCACUCUAAAUCCAUGUCUCUCAGUUGUUCUAGUUCUUUCCCUCAUUCUCUAGAACUAGUCGAAUUUUCGAGAACCCUGGAGAUGAUUAAUUAGUUGAUUUUUUUAUUAUUAA